AUGCAAGAGGGAGAUUACAGUUCGUAUUAUCACCACCAGUACCCUCAGUAUCCAAACGCUUCCCCUAAUCCUAAUCCUAAUCAGUCAGAGCACUUACGCGUUUGCUUCGGAGGUUAUGGCGCUGAUUACUCUUAAAAUUGCCCUCCUUACGGACAAAACACAGAUCAUCAUGCCCCUCCUUCAGCUCCCGCGGCACAACCGCCUCCUCCUUCUCCUCCGGCGACUUCUCUAAACCCUAAUUCUUAUUCAGCCUUCAACCAGCCUCCCACAUAUCAUCCACCGGUAUCACCUUACGGAUCGCUCACCCCAUAUCAGCAAUCCGCCACGCCGCCCAUGUAUUAUCCUCCCUUCGAUCAGCAUCAGACCUCUGCCUAUCCUCCUCUUUCUUCUGCACCCGCGCCUAACCCUAACCCCCCGCAGUACUCAUCCUCUCUGUACUCCGCACCUCCUUACACUGGCGGAGGAUCUUCCAUCCCUCCUUCGUAUGAAAAGCCAUACGACAAGGGAGGAGCAGAUCGGAUUAUCUAUACGGAAAACGAUCUGAGAGCGGAGGUUACCCCCCCUUCUUUCGAUGAUUCAUACGGAGAUGGAGUCUUUGCUUACUCGGGAGGCAAAGUGGAUCCCUACGGGUCUCCUCGUGGAACGGCGCCCAAGUCAUCGAAUUCGACUUUGUUUGAUGAUUAUGGAAGAUCCAUUAGCCUUUCUUCAGGUAGAGACUCCUCUGCUGGCUCAACUGCUAAGAUCAUCAGAGCUGUCCCCAAGGCUGAUGUGCAGGAAGGUGUCCAAAAGUUUUGUGUCAAGUUGUUGGCGGAGACCUACGGACAGACCACAACUGAUGUUCUUUGUCAGAUUGGUUUGGAUGGCCUUCGUAUGCUUGAUCCAAGUACUAGCCCAACUUUGAGGAUAUAUCUUCUUGAGAACAUUACAAGAUGCGAAAAACUAGAUUCUUCUAUUAUAGCUUUUUGGUCUAAGACUCCGGUGAAUAUUGAAGCUAAACGUAUCAGACUGCAAUCAAAUAGUUACACCACCAACACACUUCUGGACACUGUGACAGCUGCAAUGUUUCAGGCCAAGGAGAUUUGGGGAAGUAGUAGGCCUCCCGUCUCGGCAAAGCUGGUCGAACAAUCUACUGAGAAGAAGAAAGGAUAGAGUGAUUGGAUGAACAUUAUAAAGUCUGUAAAUGAGGAGAAAGAUCAUUGGGUUCCUGAUGAAGCUGUUUCGAAGUGUACAUUAUGUGGUUCAGAUUUCGGUGCAUUCAAUCUAAGGCAUCACUGCAGAAACUGUGGUGACGUGUUCUGUGACAAGUGUACUCAAGGUAGGAUUGCUCUCAGCCUCACUGCAGAGGAGAAUGCUCCCCAAAUCCGUGUCUUCGACCGGUGCAUGGCAGAAGUGUCGCAAAGGUUGAGUUAUGCCAAGGAAUCUGCUAGCAGGAAUGUGAGCGUGCAGAGCUAUGGGGACCUCGCUAGAAAGUUACUGGUUAACUUAAUAAUCUCGAGAUUUUUUUAUUGAACUUGACGAGUAUGAAUUGGAGUUUAUAUAAUUGGUUUCUGAUUUUGUGGAUAUGUUUGCCACAUGAGGAACUGGAGAAGAACCGCAGGUCUCCGUCAUCUGGUAAUUCACAAUGUUUAAUAUAGUUCAUUGUUUUGAUGUUGAUUUUUCGAGUCAGUAAAAACGGGGCGGUCCUCAUAGAUAUAA